UUGCCAUAGUGUUAAAAACAAACAAACAAACAAUGUGUUGGGUGCGUACUUUUAUUUUUAAACAUUCAGCUGCCACAGGAAGUCAACCGUCACUGGGGUUAGUCUCACACGGAUGGCACGGACGCAGAGACGCGUUUUGUUAGUAAGGGUAAUGAUGUAAAUAUUACGUUUGAAAAACUUUAACGUAACUUUAAUAGCAAAAGAACGUAAGUGAAACUUAAUUGUGUCUGCAAAGACUAACAAGUUUUUGGCACGGAGAAACGGAUUGAGCUUUACCUGCACCUAGCUAGGAUUAGCUUGAAGACUAGCAUGUUUACGUGUAUUCAGCGCAGAGCAGCGUAGUUCCCGAGUAACGACAGGCAGCUGGAGCGCACAGAGAGCGAAUCACCGUCAGAAAUAAACAAUGUCUAAAGGGCGAAAACGCGCCAGAGCCAAAGCGGCAGCAAAGGCAGCCAGGUUCGGAAUGGCUCCAGGUCCAAGGCCUCCGCCUCCCGGGGGAUUCGGUCCGCCACAUCCAAUGCCUCCCCCUGGACCAAUGAUGCCUGCAGAUCACAUACGCAUGGGACCAUUAAUGAUGGAAGAUGGGCCCCCCGACUUCCUCAGAAACAGGUUUGGUCACGGACAAGGUUUCCACCCCCAAGAGUUUGAAAUGCCCGCACGCUGCCCCCAUCCAGAUUUAGACGACGGACCACAAGGCUUCCACCCAGACCCAUAUGAAGGCCCACCUGGUUUUCACCCCCAAGAGUUUGAAGGGGCACCACUGCGUUUUGCUCCACCCGAGUUUAGGGACGGACCGCCAGGACCAGGCUUUAUCCCACCUGAGUUUCGGGACGGACCGCCAGGACCAGGCUUUAUCCCACCUGAGUUUCGGGACGGACCGCCAGGACCAGGCUUUAUCCCACCUGGGUUUCGGGAUGGACCGCCAGGACCAGGUUUUAUCCCUCCCGAGUUUCGGGACGGACCGCCAGGACCAGGUUUUAUUCCACCUGAGUUUCGGGAUGGACCGCCAGGACCAGGUUUUAUUCCACCUGAGUUUAGGGAUGGACCACCAGGGUUUGCCCCGCUGGGCCGGAUCUGGCCGUCACAGUUUGAGGAUGGACCAGGUUACCCAGGAAUGAAACCUGGACAAUUACAUGGCCCAAUAAAUGCAUUUAAUGCCAGAGACUCGGGUUUCAUGCAACAACUGGAUGUUGAUGACGAUGCUUCCUCUAUGGCUGCUGACAAAACUCCCCAGACAAAUCAAGAGUCCAGUGGUCCUGGCAAUAACGAAGAUGAUAAAAGUUUCACCACCACUUCUACAGAACCAUCAAAAGAAAUAUCUGUUGUCAAAUCCAGGCUGGGAUCAGUGAAGCCUCCUCCUGGACGAUCUAUGGGAGUCAUCGUGUUAAUUGCUAACAGCUUUGGCACUAUCGAAUACAAGGAUCCUCCGAAGAAGAAAAAAUAUCCAUUCUCAUUUGAUGCUUUUUUUGGAAAUCGAAAACAUUUGGUUCCUGGGGUUAAAGUGCAUUUUACAGCAGUCAAAGAAUCGGGAAAAGUAUGUGCUACUGAUGUGAAGGUUGCACCAGGAGGGACAGAGGAUAUUGAAGAUAAAGUUUAUGAAGGUGUGGUUACUGCGGUGCUGCCUGAGACGUAUGUUUUGGAACCUCUUCCGGGCCGCAUCAAAACCAUUCUCACUACUGAUCCUGUAAAACUGCCCUUUGGAAAGAUGGACUCAAAUGCCACCCUUCUACUUUUUGACCGUGUAAAAUUUCAGCUGCUCACAGAUAUUAUUACAAAGGCACGCAGAGCAACAAAUAUCACACCACAAAUGCCAGAAACAUUUCAGCUGACCAAGGAAAUCAGAGAAAAGGGUCUUAUAAUGAGCAUCAAGGAUGAUACUUGUACAAUAAUGUCAAAUAAACAUGACAACCUCACUGCAUCCAUCAAUGAAUAUCUAUCAGAUGAUCAACUAAACAUCAUGGAUGAGGUGGAGUACACAGUUGUAACUCUAAAAGAUAAAUCGAAGGCCAUCAGGUUAAAGAAGCUUCCUGAAGGCUCAGUAGAGUUUGAUUCAAAAGAAGAAAAAGUUACUGACUCCUCCGCAGGCAAAUCAUUGUGGAAACCAGUAAACUCCCAAGUAGCAGCUGUUGAUGAAGACAUAAGCAGUACGAAAUAUGAGGGAACAGUCUCCCAAAUCAUUCCUAAAAAUGCUAAAAAUGAGAAUGGACAACCACUCCCACAAGGCCUUGUGAACACCACUGUGGAUGGCACAGAGAAAAGUUUACCGUUUGGUCUGGAUGAUGUAAUCACUCAGGCCACCAUGAUGAUCGGCGACAAGGUUCAAUUUAACCUUGCCACCAAACAGAAAACCAAGGAAGAACAUGCUAUCAACAUUGAGAUUUUACCAGAAACUUUUCAACUAGAAUCUAAAGAGCAACGCAAGAUAGGCACUGUUGUGAAAUUGGAUGAUAAGUCUGGGUUCAUCAAAGCUCAGCAGGAACCACAGCUGUUUUUUGACCUGUCUGAGGUCAUGGAUGAUGCCAAGCUUACUUUGUCAGAGAAAGUUGAAUUUACACUUGCAGUGGGGUCUGAAGGGACUGCAGAAUGUAAGCAAGCUAUUAGAAUCAGAAAGCUGACAGAGAGUGUAUUCACAGCUGUGCCAAAAAUAGAAGAAAAGAAAGAGAAGAAGAAAAUGACAAUCAAAUUGCUGAAAGACCCGAAAGAGCAAAUCAAGGACGAAGUGAUGACCUCAGGCAAAGAUUGUGAUUUGCAGCCUGCAGAGAAACCAAGCAAGGAUAAAGUAGAGGCCUCUAAAGCUUUAAAGCAGGACAGUAAAGGCAAACAGGAAAACCCAAUCAAGGGUAGCAGAGAGCGUAGCAGAAGCCGAGAACAUAGCCGACGCAGGGGCAGUCGAAGCAAUAGCCGCAGUCGGGAUAGGAGUAGCAGCUACUAUGGCAAGCAUAGAAGCUCCAGUCGUGACAGGAGUCAUCGGAGUCACAGGAGGAGCCGCAGUCGUAGUAGAGAUCGCUCACACAGAUACAGGCGUAGCUAUAGCCGUAGCCGCAGUAGAAGCAGGGAAAGGAGCAGUCGGAGCACCAAAAAGAGAAGUCACAGCCCAGAAAAAAUGGAUGAGCGUCGCAGAGGACAGAGCAACAAGACAUCGCAAAAUGCACCCUACUGUUUUGAUGAUACGGGCAUGCCAUCCUCUGAGGCUGUAAAUAAAGAAUUAGCAAAAAAGAGGAAAGAGUUGUUAGAGCUCAAUGAGUUAAUAGCACGUAAAAAAGCAAUAAUUGCCAUGGAACAAAAUGCCAAAACACCAAGUCAGUUUCAAGAUGCACUUGAAAUGGAUACACAACAUGGGAUUGCUACGUUUGAUUAUCAGCACAAAACCUGUCUAGAGAACUCAUGGACCACUGACGUAAAGCCAGUUAGAUCCAUUUUAAAGAAGCACUCUGACUCUCUCUUCAGUCAUCAGAAAACUGAAGAAAGCAAGACCAAACCUUCUAGUGAAUACACUUCUGAUGGCUCAGUCCCUAUGUGGAUUGGACAGAGUCCUACAUCUGGGAUAGAAGAUCAAGAAUUAGCUAGGAAAAAAAGACAGUUAGAGGAACUAAGUGAAUGCAUUGCACGUAAAAGAGCAAUUAUGGCUCUGGAACAAAAGGCUAAAGCACUUUCAGAUGGGUCUGAAAUAAAAAAGAAAUAUGAUUUUGCCUCAUGCACAGAGGACCUGAACAUAAACAUGACAAACUCCUGGCAACUUGACAUAAAACCUGAUCUUCAGCCAAAAAAGUCUAUUCUGAAGAAGCAGUCAGAAUCUAUUGCUGACCAGUCAAAGAAGCCUUUGACUUCAGUUGGUCAGUAUGCUCAUUGUCCAAUGUCUAAACAACCUACAGACGAUGGCCCAGCUUUCCUCAGUCCCUCUGGGUCUUCAGAUACUGCAUUUAAAACUCCCUGUAAUCCAUCAUCAGUACUCUCUAACACUGUUGAUCUUUUCAAGAAACUGAUUAAUGAAGCCUCUGCCAGUUCACAUAAGAGCAGUACCAAGGCAAUGGGUCAGCAGUCAUUUCAGCCAAGUUCUGGAUUAUUUUAUGACCAAAAAAGUUCCAUAGAGACCAAAGUCCAAAAUUAUUCUACAUUGCCAUCCCAGUUAUCGCAGUCUUACCGGGUUUGUGACCAGGCAUCCACAAGUAAGAGCUCCUCAACCCAGUCUUCAGCAACAGAACGAAAAAGUAAUCUAGCAACACAAAUGGAACGGUUUCUUGGUGCUUUAAACAAAGCAGAUUCAAAUUUAUUGUCAUCAUUGUUAAAAGGUACUAAAAAAGAUACUGAUUCACUGGAGAAUCAAGGCAUCCCACAAGAACAAGCAGGAAGAAAAGUGACUUGUGAAGACGAAUUGUAUGAUCCGUUCCAAGAAACAGACUGCAAAGAAGACAACUCUCCCUUAAUGGGAAGCAAACUGCAUAAGAACCUUUUGUUUGGGCUAGUUGAGAACACUCAGGAUGAUCUACUACCACAUGAAAGAGCUGUGGUAGAUGGAAGUGGCUUUUCCAAAAUUGUUGGAAUGAAAUAUGGUGUUGAAGCAAAGCCUGAGAAUCGGUUUCCAUAUGGAGAUGCAAUACCUUCCAGCAGUCAAAGCAGACUUUUACAAGAGCAUGAAAAAUUUUUGAAAGAAUGUGAUAAAUUUAAACGGUCACAAGAUCGUAACGAUGUGCCAUAUUUUGAAGACUCGUAUGCAGAGGACAGAAAGAGAUACAAAAGACAAAGUGCAGCGGAGAGUUACAGAAUAGAAGGCAGCCUUAGCCCAGUUCAUCAUAAAUCGGAGGACGCCAAGGAAGACACAGACCAAACAGCAAGCCAGUAUAAAAAAAUUCAGGAUCUACUGCAAACCAUUGGUCUUAAUUUGGACACAACAGAAGUUAGCAAGUUAGCUGAUAGGACAAAUGAGCGUCUGUAUGGCAAGAAAGUCAAACCUGGGAGUUCUCUUUCUUUUGAUCAACGAGAUAAACCAUCAGUAAGUAGGUAUGAUCGAAGAGGUAGUAGUAACUCCACUGAUUCUGAGGAUGUUGGCUCUGUAUCACCUGCAAAAACCUCUAAUCGGGAGGUUUACAUGAGCUAUUGGGAUUCUCUUAAGAAUCGCCCUGAUGAAGUUGCAGUCAGGGAGCGGGAGCUGUCAACACUUAAAAGGACCAUUCGGAACAUCCCAGAAGCAAAACAGUCUGAUGCAUACAAAACCGCAUCACCUGAAGCUACACAUGAUCCGUACAAACUGCCUGCAGAAUGCUCCUCAAUAGCUCAGUCUUUUAGUUUGCAGUAUACUCAGAUAUCUAGUGAAUUCUCCUCAGCUGCACUUAAAGUUAAAAGCAAGCAAGAUGUUCAGAACUAUAGUUAUGCCAUGGGUGGAGAACAAAAUCCCUAUGGAUCGAUUUCUCUAAAUCCUCAGCAUUAUACUACUGCUUAUCCAAUACCGUCCUCUUACGUAUCAUCUGGCUAUGGGGAUUAUCUAGCGUCUGCCAUGCCUUCAUCCAUGAUGCCACCAAGCCCUGUCCAGUUCUGCUCAUCGCUCUCUACUUUUACCACACCAGGAUCUUUUGGUACUUCACCAACUACUUCUUAUCCAUCCACCUUAGGUCAGUUUGGUUUUGCUAUGCAGCCUGACAGUUCUGGUUAUGUCCUGCAGCAGGGUAGGACAAAAAAAAACAGGUGUCUCAAAACAAUAGAAACUGUACAAACUCAGGAGUCUGUUAGUGGUAAAAUUUCUGCAGCCAAAGAAGUACAUUCUGUCAUUAGCAUACAGACAGAAAAGCCACAUAAAGAUAGUGACGAUGAAGCUGAAUCUCAAAUGGUACCCAUGAUGGAAGAUGACAUCAAAGCUAAACAGAAAAAAAGGCUGGAGCAGUUUAAUCAGAGAAUGAGACUGAAGAAGGAACAGCAAAUAGAAGCCCAACGAACACGAGGACUAAGCCAGAAAUCAGCACCAGGGACAGUUAUACGAACAGAAGUAAAGAAUGUGUGGAUAUGUGGCCACUCCCUUGUGUUCUGGGCUGAGAAGAGGGCCACGUCUCCUGAAAUAGGUAUGCAGCUUGGCAUGGACCCAAACAGUGUACGCGUAUGGUGGAAGGGGGUGCAGGGCAUGACAUGGCAACAGCUUUUGCCCCAGCUGCUACAACUUAAGGACAACUGGCCCAAACCAGAUGUGAUUCUCAUACAUCUUGGGGGAAAUGAUAUUGGCACGAUGACCCCAGAGACCUUUGUGUUAGCAGUGAAGAAAGACCUGAUUUCAAUGAAGAGCAUUUUUCCCCAAUGUCAGCUUGUUUGGUCAGACAUCCUGCCACGCAAGUCCUGGAAACACUCAACUGACAGCACAGCAGUCAACAACAUGCGACAGGCGAUCAACAAAACUAUACGUGGCAUCAUGGCAGAUCUAGGGGGUUCUUCGUUGACUCAUGAAAAUAUAAUGCCUAGACUGGACUCCGGCCUUUACAGACCUGAUGGGGUUCACCUCUCUGGUAAAGGGAUUGACACCUUUAACUUAAACAUGCAGGACUUUCUUGAGAAAUGGGAAAGUGAGAUAAGUGAGACUGAGACUUCUGAAAGCUAAAAUGGCUUUUUAAGUUAUUAACAUCUAAAUUUUGGAUUUCAAUAUCUCUCUUGUUACUGUGAAACUGUAUUAUAAAUCUAUUCUUGUACCCCUUUUAAUGUUAAAUACCAACCCGUGCUUAUCAUAUUGUGAAUGCACCUACAUGCUUUAAUAAAUGAAUAAAGAAAAUGUGUGUUAAAACUUGAUUAUAGAUUAAUCUCUACUCUUAGCUCUGUAUCCAUAUGUAGAUUAAGUUUUUUAAAUUGAUUGAACAAUGUGAAAACAGGAACAUUAAAAAAAGAUACUUGACACUUGCUUUCUGUUAAUUUAAUGUUUUAUUUAUAUUUAUCUUAUGUAUUUCUUUGUUUAUAUGUGUGUACAUUAUGUGUGUGUAUGAAAUUAUUGGUUAGCACUAUGGCCUUGCAUCUCCAUGGUCGAAGAUUCAAUACCCACCUUUGUGGCUUUUCUUUGGGUACUCCGGUUUCCUCCUACAGCCCAAAGACAAUGCAGACUGCAGUUCCCAAGAAAUCAUCCAUCUUUGUGUUUGUGUGUGUAAUUGGCACCUCGCUGAGGGUGUACCUUGCCUCAACCCCAAAGUCUCCUCACAUAGGCUCCAGGCCUCUGCGACACCCGUACAGGACAAGUGCUGUAGAAGAUGAAUAUGUAUUUGUCUUUUUCAAUAUCUUCGUGUACUAGCACUCACAUAGGUAAAUUCAGUUUGCCAGAGACUCAAGUUGCGGGAAACCUUUCUUUUGGUUCAUACCGACUGAUAGUAAAAUGCAUUUGCUGCAGGUUUCUUGCCUGCACAUCUGGAUGCAAAUCAUCUGUUCCACCACAUCACAAAGGUGCUCUGUUGGUUUCAGAUCUGGUGACUGUGGAGCUCAUUUGAGUACAAUGAACUCAAUCGUCAUAUUCAAGAAACAGAGAUGCUCUUCAUCUCUAAACACAGAAAUGCCUUGGUUGUAAUAUGAUGUUAGUUGAGUUCCUAUUGCCUUUCUAUCAGCUUGAACCUAUCUGGCCCUUGUCUUCUGACCUUGUCAUCAACAAGGCAUUUCUGCCCAAAAAAGUGCUGCUCACUGGCUAUUUAUUCUGUUUUAGACCACUUUUUGUAAAUCCUACAGAUAUUAGUACAUGAAAAUCCCUUUGAAUCAGCAAUUUCAGUAAUACUCUGACCAGCCCAUCUAGCACCGACACCUCAGACUCCCCAUUCUGAAGCUUUGUUUAAACUUCGGCUGAUGGUCUUGACCAUAGGUGCUUUCCAAUCGGCCUGAAGUACCUUUUGAAGUAUACUUCACAGGGUGUCCAGCCAUGUUAAGCAUGAUUCCAACUACAGGGAGCAAAAAUUUUCAGUUCAAAGGAAACUGCAUACGGUGUAGGGAACAACUGGGUCUUCACUUCACCGGAAAAGGAAAUUAAAAUUUUCCAUGAAAAGACAUUGUGUCUCGCUGGAUCGUGAGGACAAAAUGGAGCUCAAAAAAAGGAUUUAUCUAUUAUCAUCAAUGAGGACGACAUCGCAUUAAUAGCAAAUUGUAAUCGAGAAAUCCUUAGUAUUUUAUAGGUUUGUAAUCUCUUAAAAGAAA